AAACGGACCAAUCAUCGUUUGAUAAAGUCCGAGGGGAACGCUUUCUACGCUUUCUCUGGCAAGAAUGUUAGUUCCUGCUCUUCCCUGGCCGUUUCCUGUAAUCGUACAGUGUUGUGAGACGGAGAAAGCCAUGUGUGUCGAUGCAAAGCUGUUUACUUAAAAGCUGAGAAGAACUGGUCUGCGACUAUUUAACUUCUUCUAGAGUCUUUUUAUCAUUGUGCCCGUCUCCCUGUGUGGAGUGGGCAAGAUGGCAGACCCCAUCAUGGACCUCUUUGAGGACACACCCCUGUUUAACCUGGAUGCCCUACCAGAUGAUUCCUUCUCUCAGGGCUCCUCAGAUCCUGUGGAGGAGGCCCUUAAGCUGGCGUUGGGCCAAGUGGAUCCGCCAGCCGAGCCUGAGCUCACAGUCAACGCGGGCCUUAAUGUUCCUGUAGCAGCUCCUGCCAUUCCAGACCCUGCCCCCAUUCAAGUUCCUACACAGCAGCCAGUGGCGACUGCUCAGACUGUUUCCAUAGCUGCAGCUCCCACUGUAGCCCCGGCUCCUGCCCCUGUUGAUACUGUACCUCAAAUUCAGGCCCAGACCACCAUACCCAUUUCCAGCAACACCAGCGGGGCCACCAGUAGCACUGUCCUGCUGAGCUCACCUCUGACUGUUUCCAGCUCCCCGGCCACCACCACCGCCACCACACAGCAGCUCACACAGAUAACUCACCAGCUCACUCCACAGCAGUUAGCUGCCAUCACACAGCAGGCGGGUGGAAAAAUUGUCAUUCUCAAAGGUCCCCAGGGUCAAGCCCAGGUGCUGCAGACUGUAUCAGGAGCCACAGGUCAGACCAGUGGAAAGGUCAUCCGUGUGUUGUCUGGCACUCCUCUUAAACCUGGCAUGUCCAUACUGCAGGGGGGGACAGUCUUGAAUCAGGCGAGCCCAGGACAAGCUCAAGUCAAGGUGGGUGCUGCAGGGGUGCAGAGGCUGCUGCAGUCUCCCAAUGGGCCAGUGAAACAGAUGCUCCUGACCUCCAUGCCUCAGCAGGUGCAGCAGACGCAAGGCCAGGCGAUUCAGGUGCAGAUCCCAGCCCAAGCACAGAUGGCUCAAGGCCAGACUCAAGUCCAAGUCCAGCCCCAGGCCCAGGCUGCCCAGAUCCAGGUCCAGGCUCAGGGCCAGGUGCAGCUCCAGCCAGCCAUGCAGGCCCAAACACAGGGUGGCGAAGCAAAGCGGAUCACUCUGGUUCUCCAGCAGCCCUCUCAAGCUGGCUCUGCUGUCCCAGCAGGUCAAGCUGUUACACCCCAGCAGCAGGUCACACAAGUCCAGCAGGUUCAGACAGCCCAAGGGGGGCAGCAGCCCCAAACCCCAGCUAGACUAGUGCUGGGUCAGCUUCCCGGAGGCAAACUGGUGAUCCAGGGAAGCCAGCUAGCAGCCCUGACCCAGGCUCGCACUGGAGGGCAGCCCAAAGUCCUCACAAUUCAGCUGCAGGUGCAGCAGCAGCCCAACCAACAAGGAGGAGUUAAGUACCAGCUGGUCUCAGGAGCUGGCAAUACUGGCAGCCCACAGGUGUUGCAGAUCUCACAGGGACAAGGAGGACAGAGAGUUGCGGUGCCACUCAAAAUGCUUCUGCAGCCACAGACAAGCUCAGCAUCCUCGUCUGGCGGCACAGUCUCUGUGGUGAAGGUCAUCAACACGUCCACUGCAGGCCCCUCCACUACAACCACCACUCCGUCCCAGGCCAUCCGCAUCACCAAGGCCCCUGGCGAGCCUGCCUCUGUGCGACGAGUGGAGAUCCUGUGCAAGCAGGAGAAAGCAAACCGCAUUGUGGCUGAAGCUAUAGCCCGGGCCAAAGCACGUGGUGAGAAGAACCUGCCCAGAGUCCUGAACCAGGAUGAGCUUCCAUCCACACAGACCUCCCCAGAAACAGGGGGCACUCUGACUGUGGUGUCUGCUGCUAAGAAAAAGACCAGCGGAGGAGGAAGCAAGAAGAAAAGUCCUGUAGCUGGAGGAACAACGCCCAAAACCGCAGGAGGGGCCGACAAAAAGAGCAAAGCGAAAACACCAGGAGGGACAACUGGAGUGGCUGGAGGCACAGUAAUACCUGGGGCUGGAAACAAGAGCAAAAGCAAGACUAAGACAAACACUAUUACUCUAGUGGGAGCAAAUAAAAGAAAGAGAAAUGUGUCCUCAGACCACUCUGAUGGGGAAUUGAGCCCUGCCUCACCUGCUGCGCUGGAGGAUGACUUGAUUAUGAAGAGGCGCUCCAAUCGUGUGGUGAAGAGAAAGAAGUACACAGAGGACCUGGAUAUCAAGAUAACCGAUGAUGAGGAUGAGCAAGAAGAUGUAGAUGUUACUACAACCGCGGCAGCUGUGGCUUCCAUCAGUGGGGGGACAGCAGCGCAGCUUAAACAGGAAAUGGAGCUCGAUGUUGACGGACAGCCUAGCAUGCAGUUCUUUGUGGAAAACCCAAGUGAGGAAGAUGCUGCCAUUGUAGACAAAGUUCUGUCUAUGAGGUUAACAAAGAAGGAAGUGUCCCAGGGCCAGUACACUAAUGUUGAGGAAUUCUUUGUGAAAUACAAGAACUAUUCAUAUUUACACUGUGAGUGGGCCACUUUGGAGCAGCUGGAGAGAGAUAAGAGGAUUCAUCAAAAGAUCAAGAGGUUCAAGACCAAGCACGCACAGAUGAGGCACCUCUUCCAGGAGGAUGAGGAGUCUUUUAACCCAGACUAUGUAGAGGUGGACAGGAUCCUAGACGUUUCCCACAGUGUGGACAAGGACAAUGGCGAGCCCGUUAUCUACUACUUGGUGAAGUGGUGCUCUCUGCCUUAUGAAGACGCCACUUGGGAACUGAAGGAGGACGUGGACGAGGGCAAGGUUGAAGAGUUCAGUAAAAUCCAAAACCGACAACCUCGCCUGAAGAGAACGCCACGGCCAUCUGCCAGUUCAUGGAAGAAGUUGGAGGAGUCCAGAGAGUACACAAAUGGCAACACACUCAGAGAGUACCAGCUUGAAGGAGUCAACUGGCUGCUCUUCAACUGGUACAACAGACAGAACUGUAUCCUGGCAGAUGAGAUGGGUCUGGGGAAGACCAUCCAGUCCAUCGCACUGCUGUCCGAGAUUUACGCUGCUGGCAUCCAAGGCCCUUUCCUGGUCAUUGCUCCCCUCUCCACCAUCACCAACUGGGAGAGGGAGUUCUCCACAUGGACUCACAUGAACGCCAUCGUCUACCACGGCAGCCUGGCCAGCCGACAGAUGAUCCAGCAGUAUGAGAUGUACUGCAAGGAUGACAAGGAGCACUUGAUCCCAGGUGCAUACAAGUUUGACGCCCUCAUCACAACCUUUGAGAUGGUGUUAUCUGACUGCCCAGAGCUGAGGGAGAUCUCCUGGCGUUGUGUGAUCAUCGAUGAGGCUCACCGCCUCAAGAAUCGCAACUGCAAGCUGUUGGACAGCUUGAAGAUGCUGGAUGUGGAACACAAGGUGUUGUUGACGGGCACUCCUCUCCAGAACACUGUGGAGGAACUCUUCAGUCUGCUUCAUUUCCUGGAGCCUGCUCAGUUCCCUUCCGAGACUGAAUUCCUCAGAGACUUUGGAGACCUCAAAACAGAGGAACAGGUUCAGAAGCUGCAGGCCAUCUUGAAACCCAUGAUGUUACGAAGGCUCAAAGAGGACGUUGAGAAGAACUUGGCGCCCAAACAGGAGACCAUCAUUGAGGUUGAGUUGACUGAUGUCCAGAAGAAGUACUACCGGGCCAUCCUGGAGAGGAACUUCAGUUUCCUCAGUUUAGGGGCAAACAGUAACAGCAAUGUCCCCAACCUGCUCAACACUAUGAUGGAGCUACGCAAGUGCUGCAACCACCCCUACCUCAUCAAUGGCGCGGAGGAGAAGAUCGUAGCAGAGUUACGGGAGGUGUAUGACCCCCUGGCUCCCGACUUCCAUUUGCAGGCCCUGAUUCGGUCAGCCGGCAAGCUGGUGCUACUGGACAAGCUGCUGCCACGCCUCAAGGCUGGUGGCCACAAAGUGCUCAUCUUCUCCCAGAUGGUGCGCUGCUUAGACAUUCUGGAGGACUACCUCAUCAACAAGAGAUACCUUUAUGAGCGAAUUGAUGGCAGAGUGCGUGGGAACUUACGACAGGCUGCCAUCGAUCGCUUCAGCAAGCCUGACUCGGACCGCUUUGUCUUCCUGCUGUGUACCCGUGCUGGCGGCCUGGGUAUUAACCUCACUGCUGCUGACACCUGUGUUAUAUUUGACUCUGACUGGAACCCUCAAAAUGACCUGCAGGCCCAAGCACGGUGUCAUCGUAUUGGCCAGUCUAAGGCGGUCAAGGUCUACCGUCUGAUCACUAGGAACUCCUAUGAGAGGGAGAUGCUGGAUAAAGCAAGUCUGAAGCUUGGCCUGGACCGUGCCGUCCUGCAGAGCAUGAGUGGCAACAAAGACAGCAACGUCAACGGGAUCCAGCAGUUUUCCAAGAAGGAGAUUGAAGACCUGCUGAGGAAGGGAGCCUACGCUGCCAUCAUGGAUGAGAAUGAUGAAGGCAGUCGCUUCUGCGAGGAGGACAUCGACCAGAUCCUUCAGCGAAGAGCCACCACCAUCACCAUCGAGAGCGAGGGCAAGGGCUCCACGUUCUCCAAGGCCAGCUUUGUGGCCUCUGAGAACCGCAAUGACAUUGCCCUCGAUGACCCUGAAUUCUGGCAGAAGUGGGCCAAGAAAGCCGACAUAGACAUGGACUCCCUCAACCGAAAGAACACCCUGGUGAUCGACACUCCCAGAGUCCGCAAGCAGACCCGCCAGUACUCCAGUUUACGAGGUGAAGGUGGAGACCUGUCUGAACUGGACAGCGACGAUGAGUAUCCACCUGCUAAUUCCAGACAGUCGCGUGCCUCCCGACGCUCCGACCGCCACAGUGGAGGGGGUUACGGCCGCACUGACUGUUUCCGGGUGGAGAAACACCUGCUUGUCUAUGGUUGGGGUCGCUGGCGGGACAUCUUAUCCCAUGCUAGAUGUAAGCGUCGUCUGAGUGAACGCGACGUGGAGACGAUCUGCCGUGUCAUCCUGGUUUUUUGUCUGCUCCACUACCGUGGCGAUGAGAACAUCAAGAGUUUCAUCUGGGAGCUCAUCACUCCGCCAGAGAACGGACGUGAACCCCAAACACUACUCAACCACUCUGGCCUGUCUAUUCCUGUUCCAAGAGGCAGGAAGGGUAAGAGGGUAAAGGCCCAGAGCACAUUUGAUGUUCAGAAGGUGGAGUGGAUCCGCAAGUACAACCCUGACACCCUGCUUCUGGACGACAGCUACCGCAAACACCUCAAGCACCAGUGCAACAAGGUGUUGCUGAGGGUGCGUAUGCUCUACUAUCUGAAACAGGAGGUGAUUGGAGAACAUGCCGACUCUGUCCUGAAGGGGGCUGACAUCAGGGAUGUUGAUAUCUGGAUGCCUGAAAUGGAGCAGCAGGAGGUACCUGCAGGAUGGUGGGAUGGUGAGGCAGAUCGCUCACUGCUUGCUGGUGUAUUUAAACAUGGUUAUGAGAUGUACACCACUAUGCGUGCUGAUCCCUGCUUCUGCUUCCUGGAGCGAGCUGGUCGGCCUGAUGACAAGGCCAUUGAUGCCGAGCAGCAUACUGGUGACGCCGAGCUGGGAGACGAUGCUGACUAUGAUAAGUACUCAGAGGAUCCGGAGUUCAAGCCUGCAUCAAGACACGCCAAAGAUCUUUUUGAAGAGCCUGACUCCAUGAACGUGGACGAUGAGAUUUCUGUGGAAGACAAGGUGGGGCCGGUGAUCACAGAAAGCUUAUCCAGUCACAGCGGUGCGUGUGACUGGCCCUCCAGCUCAUCACUUACAGCGCGGUUGCGGCGGCUGAUCACAGCUUACCAACGCACCUACAGGCAGGAGCAGCUGAAGAUUGAAGCGGAGGCUAAGGGUGACCGCAGGCGCAGGCGGUGUGAACAGGCCAGCAAGCUGAAGGAGAUUGCGCGGCAGGAACGCCAGCAGAGGUGGACACGUAGGGAAGAAUGUGACUUCUACCGUGUGGUAUCGACUUUUGGUGUGGAAAAGAUAAAAAAGGAGGCAGGUCUUCCCGAGGGCGGAGACCCUGAUUUUGACUGGAAUCGCUUCCGUACCUUUGCUCGUCUGGAUAAAAAAACCGAUGAGAGCCUCAGCCGAUACUUCCGCUCUUUUGUUGCCAUGUGCCGGAGAGUUUGCCACCUGCGCCCAGGCCGUGGUGAAGAACCCUCAGAGCUUUCCCAGACUGUUGCCCCCAUCACUGAGGAGCGUGCUUCCCGUACCCUUUACCGUAUUAGCCUCCUGCGUCGCCUCCGUGAGCGAGUCCUGCCCCACCCCUCCCUGGAGGAGCGUCUGCCUCUGGCUCCGCCCAGCUCCGAGCUGCCAGCUUGGUGGAAUAUAGGUGACCACGAUCGUCAGCUGAUGCUGGGCGCUGCACUGCAUGGUGUCAGCCGCACUGAGCUCUCCAUCUUUUCAGAUCCACAGUUCACCUUCAGUCAGGCUCGAGAAGAGUUCAUCCAGAACCAGCAGGCCCCACCCCCUCCCCCUCCACCUCAGGCACCGUCCAUCAUGCCCCUUAGCCAGCCGAAGACUGAGGAGGACGUGCCUGGUGUAAAGGAGGAGGGAGCUGAAGACCAUGCCCGGUUGCUUGGAGGUGAAAUCGGUGCCAACCUACAGAGUACGCCCUUGAGUCACCAUGACAGCAAGGCACAAGGGCAGGGCUGGAGCUUGAAGAGGAGCAGGGGGAGGGUCGGAAAAACAGGAGGAGGACGGAAGGGAGAGGGAGGGUCGGAUUCGGAUUCCGAUUCCGAUUCGGGUUCAUCGUCAUCCGAGCGAUCAGGCAGCAGUGACGAAAGUGGAGAGAGUGAGGAAGAGGUGGAAGGAGCAGGCAUGAAGCUGUGUGACGUGGAUGAAGAUAAUAGUUUACUCUCUAUGACUCCAUCUCAGGAUGGCAUUCCUCCUCCUGAUCCUCUCAGAGUUGAUUGGCCCAAGGACCGUGUGUUGAUCAACCGUCUGGAUAGUUUGUGUACGCUGGUGCUGACUGGUCAGUGGCCCUCGGGGCGGCGCUACGUGUCUGAGGCUCAGCUCAACCCGAGCUCGGAGCUGGCGGGAGACGAGAUGGCCUACACAAGGGUGAGCCGUAAACCCACUGGCACGCCUGGUGGCCCUGGGACAGAUGGAGAUGAUGGAGAGUUCACUGUCAAGCUCCUUAAGGAGGAGGGGCUGAAGCUGACCUUCUCUAAGCAGGCCCUGAUGCCCAAUGGGUCUGGGGGAGAGAGCAGCAGCCGCAAGAGGCGCAAGGACCAAGAGUUAUCAGACCCAGAUGGACUCCAUGAUCCACUGGAGCGUACUCCUCGGCGCAGGGACCCUCCCACCUGGUUGAAGGAGAACCCAGAUUAUGAGGUGGAGGGCGACAUGCUGGAGCUUCUUGUGAACAGGAGCAAGAGGAAGAGGAGGAGGAGGGCAGAUAAAGCCCUGUCAGGCAGUGAGAAGGUCAAAGUCAUUAACAUGAGGACAGGAAAGAAGGUUGGAGCUGCUUUCUGUCCGAAUCUGCAAGACCUGAGGGAAUAUCUGGAGGAGAAUCCUGAUAAUGCUGUAGCACCUGAGUGGUCUGAAACUGUUAAGAACUCUGGCUUCCUGCCCGAGACCCUCUACCACCGACUGCUGACCGAGCACUCAGAGAUCCCGAAGAAAAGCCGCCGCCACCACCACCACCACCACCACCACCACCAUCAUCACCACACUCAGCCCACCCCUGAAGACCCCAACCUGGACGGCGCUGAAGAGGAGACUCUGGUCUCAGACGGAGCCUACAUGAUGGAUGAGGAAGACCUGGAGACCUCCCAUCACUUCCUCACCAGUCCAGACUUUGACGUUAAAAUGGAGGGCGGCGACAGCCUUUCCCAAGGGGACUAUGACAGCUCAGAUCAAGAGGCGUUAUUGGACGAUGUCAUCAUAGCACAGAAGGACUCUGAUUCCUCAUCAAGCUCAGAGGAUUGACUGAACCCCCCUCUCCGAACACAUCUGACUUAGUCCCCUUCUCAACAAUGAAUCAUGUUAUUCCUCAUUUAUUUUUACCAUAUUAUGUAUCAAAUUAUGGAUGAAUGUGUUUGUUUUUUUUGUUGCUACUUUUAUUCAUUUAUUUUAUAUAGGGAUUUUUUCCAUGAAAAGAGCAGGUUUGCACCCAUCUGUUUUCUUUUUCAUCAUCACAAUUGUGUUCAUCUUUGUCUCCUCGAUCCUCCUCUCUAACCUGUGACAAAAUGGCAAAAAGCUGAGCUUUCUUACUUCUCGACUCGUCAUCCUCCUCCUCUUCCACCAAGCCCAUUCUUUCCCAUCACAUUCCCAGCCAUGACCAAAAGGGGACCCCUGCUGUACAGAUACCCUUUUCUUAUCUAAGAACCUCAAUGCUGGUCCUCUAGCGCUACAUGAAACUGGACAUGUGUACUGAGCAGAGCCUGGAUCCAGAUCCCAUAAUCCCUUGAUCUCGUUUGGUCAUAUCUCCUGUGUCCAGACGAGUCUGUGAACUAAAAGGGGAUCCAGUGUGUGGAUGUACUGUUAUUGUUUUCACUCUAUGGGAGGGGUGGGGGUUGGGAGGGAGGGAGGGGAAAGUGACGUAUUAGUUACUAAAGCAGUGCUAGGAGGAUUGGGUGUAUUGUACAAUGUAGAGCUGGUCAAUUGUGUACUAUGGUGCAAAGAUGACGGCAAUGAGUUACUAUUCUUGUUUUAUGAUCUGAGUGUAUCUGUGAAAUGAAUAACAGCAAUCUACAGUGAAA